AGUAAACUGAUAAUUCAAAUGAUUUUGACAAUGGAUCCGAGAAAAUAUAAUUAUAUUCAAAACUGCAGCGGGAAUUCAUCGAUUUCCCCUUUUUGUAUUUUGUUGUCAGAGAUAUAUGUUACCAGCUGGGCGAUUUUCUAGUUCUGAAAAUUUCCACUGUGACAUUGUGUUUUGAUUUUGGAAGGAGUCUAAGAGUUAUUGGUUAUCUGAAUGAUGUUGUGCUAAAAUUUAUAAUUUAAUUACAGAGGAAAUGCUGAAAUGUUUCUGCAAUUAUGACGAUUUUUUGUAUGAAAUUGAAUGAAAUUCGGGAUUUUGAGUGAGAAGUUGAGGCAGUGGAGUGAACUUAACCGGUGUUUCCUGCUGUUAGGCUGAUGGUUGUUUUUUAUAUUAUUAAACAAAUGAGAGAGAUUUCUCCAUUGGUCACUGGGGCAUGGAGAUGGGUAAGAAGUCGUUGUCCCAUAAAGAGUGGAGGAGAAUGGCGAAAAAAGAGAGGAGGAGGAAAAUACGACGAAAACAUGCUCGAGAGGUUGAAGCGGAUGAUAAUCGUUUGAGGGAAGCACUGGAGAGAAGCGCGGAAUAUUUGAAAUGGAUUGAAGAGCAGGCCACAGCUGAGAAAGAAAAGCAAAGGCGAGAACAAGAGGAGCAUGAUCAUCAGGAACGUCUAUGGACUGAGAGAGAGGUAAUGGCGCAAGAAGAAUGGAAAAUUGUCCAGGAGAAGCGUUCAAAGGCCCGAGCAGAACAGCUUCGUCAGGAAGAGAUAAUCCGAAAGGAAUUCGAGGCGAAGCAACAGAUCGUAAACAAAAAGAAACAAGAGGCGAAAAAUCGCGAAGAUGAGGAAUUAAAGCAACGAGAGAAACUCAAGAACGAAAUCGACGGGUAUAUUGACUCUAGGGCGAAGACCCCCGAGUUUCUGCGAGAGGUAAUUGAUAGUAAACCCGGGAAGGAGCUCUGCCCUUUCUUCACAAAAACGGCCGCCUGCAAAUACGGCGAAUCCUGCUCGAGGAAUCACCGGAGACUCGCCCUGGGUAAGAUCCUCGUGAUUCCAGGUUUCUACACGCAUUUCUCCCUCGAGAGGAAUUCUCACGAGUACGACACUGACAUCGGCCUUGAGUACGACAGUCGCGAGACCCAAAAAGACUUUAGGGAAUUUUAUCGAGACGUUCUGCCGGAGCUCGAGUCUUUCGGAAGAAUCAAAACCCUCAAAUUCUGUCGUAAUACUGAGGUCCACCUGAGGGGAAAUCUUUACGUUGAGUAUCAAACUGAGAGAGAGGCUGCCAGGGCCUGGAGAAGUCUGAAUGGUCGAUAUUACGCUGGGAGACAAAUAAACUGCGAAUUUGCUAAUAUCAGCUCCUGGAGGGCAGCCGUCUGUGGACUUGCUCACUGCCCCAAAGGCAAAAUGUGCAAUUUUUUGCACACCUUCAGAAAUCCCAGGGAUGAGUAUGAUAUACAGAGCCCUCCGAGGUGGGCCAAGAAGCCAGAGGGUGAGACCUCUGGUCGGCGAACGGAGAGAAGUCGACGCAGGAGUCAAUCCUCAUGGGACGAUUCGGUCCGAAGUACCAAGAGAGACCACAAGGACUGGAGAUGGUCAGAGUCGCCAGAAAGCGAAGUGAAACCCAGAGAGCAUCGGAAAUCCUCAAGAAAAUCAAGAGACAGUUCGGAGAGGUUAAAAAGAAGUAAAAAACGAAAGCCAUCUUCUUCGGGGUCUCGGAGACGAAGAAGUUCCUUAUCUGACGGUGAGUGUUCCCGCAGAAGGGAAAAGAAAAGUCAUAGGGAGUCCAAUAAGGAGAAUGGAAGAAGCCAUAAGGCAUCGAAACGAACUGAGAGGCACAAAUCAAGGGAAAAGAGCAAACAAACUUCGAGAAAAUCCAAGUGGGAUGAGGCUGAGGGUUCCAUUCACUCUGACACAAGUAAUUCUCGUGCAGAGGAGGAAAAUCUGGGGGAUAAGACUGUAGUUACUGAAGAAUAUCAGUGGGAAACAACAGAGUCUGAAGCCGAAUCUUCAGGAUCCCCUAAAGAUUGAAUCACCUAGUGAAUUUGUUGACUAUUGAAUAAAUUAUUUUUUCAUUCAUUUAUCAUAAAAAACCGAGUUGAGAUCGAUUAGAAAUUGAAAUUAUUGCCUUUGUUCUAUAUCUUCCCAGGCCGAACU